AUGGCUCCUGUGAUAGAUUAUGGCACGAUAUUGUCAAAAUUCGAUGACCUCGUUGCGAGGAAGGUCAUAUACUACGGUCAGCGCGCAUCAACCCAAUUCGUCGACGAUGGGUUUACGGUCGAAUUCCACAUUAGCACUUCGUUGUCCAAAAAGCCACAGAAUGGCGAUCCUGUGAGCGGCCAUAACAGCCCAAAUUCCAAAAAGCCAGAGUGCUUCGGUCCAGGCAGUGAUAUCGGGAACGACGAUCCCGGCAUGCUUCUUGCGACAGUCCAUGGAACCCAUCUGCUUGUAGUCAACAAGUUCUGCAUGUUCCGGCCGCAGCUUCUGCUAUUAACAAGCGACUCGUACCGGCGGCAGCGUGAGCCGCUUGGUUUAGAUGAUUUCGCCGCCGCCUGUACGGUGUUGAACUCCCUGGAAAGACCGCAGUUUGUCAUCUACAACUGCGGGCCAACUGGUGGUGCUAGCAGGCAGCAUAAGCACCUGCAGGUACUGACGCGUCCGCCUCGGUUAUUCCCAGAUAAUCCGAGUGAGGCCAAAUCUGUGCCGUACCAGUAUUUCCUGCAGUAUCUUCACAAUGUUGAUAUUGAAACGCCAGAGGGCCAGAAACAGGUUUUCGAUAUAUAUAGCAACUUGCUAGCAGAAGCCAGGAAGUCUUUGGGAGAUAAUGUUGAAGAUGACGGGGCCUACAUUCCCCAUAAUGUUGCCUUGGUUAAGGAGUGGAUCGUCGUGAUCCCCAGACGUAAUAUUGAUUUCCAGGGCAUCACUGCGAAUACUGCGGGAAUGUUGGGUUCUAUGUGGUUGACAAGCGAAGAACAAAUGAAUGAGUGGAAACAGGUCGGGCCAAAAAAGGUUCUUGCUGGACUGGGUGUGCCAGCUUGA